GCUGUUGUGUCAUACCUUCCUUUCCUUUCCUGGAACGACAUACGUUAGUUUCAGCAAAGCUCAGGAAGCGCACAUGGCAGCUCCUCUCUUCUUCUCCUUUUUCUGUUUCUGGGAUCCUGACAGGCAGACAGUACGGUAGAGCUUCUUCUUCUGUUGCCUGAGUCGUCUCUGUAGGGGGUGGCCAUCACUCUCGGAGCCAUGAGUCGAUCCUGUGUGGUCAAAGUGAUUACUCUGACGGAGAUCCAGAUACUGCCGGUAUGUAUGGAACAGGUCCAGAGCCACCUGGAGGGCUCCAAGUUCCACCUGCACCAGGCCCAGAGUCAACAGGUCAAGCAGUACCUGACGCUGGGUUCCAAGCUGGCCGGGGGACAGGGGAGCCACCCUCACCCCACUGGGCAGGGAGGGCAGCUCCUGGGCACCGUUCCAGUGAUGAGGAACGGCCACAUGGCCCCCCUCAGCGAUGGCAGCACCCCCAGCAGCCCCGUUACACUGCUGACCCUGGCAUCCAACCACGACAGCGAGUUUCCAAUGGAUGAAGUUAUUGAUGACUUGAUUAGCCUGGAGUCCGGGUUCAAUGAUGGGGGCUUGGAUUGUAUGGAGCCCAGCAUCAUAAUGCAAAACAAUGUGCUUAGCAGCAGCAUGCUGGACAUCUAUGGGGGUGAACCAGGUAUGACUACAGCCCCUCAUGGCCGAAUGAAACCCACCUCACGCCCCACUAAGCUCAGUACUGUAAAAAGGGAAGUCACAGAACAUGAAACGAGAGUGAUGGCCAAAGAACGACAGAAGAAAGACAAUCACAACUUGAUUGAAAGAAGAAGAAGAUACAACAUCAACUACAGAAUCAAAGAACUUGGAACAAUGAUACCAAAGUCGAAUGACCCUGAUAUGCGCUGGAACAAAGGCACCAUUCUCAAGGCGUCGGUGGAGUACAUCAAGUGGCUGCAGAAGGAGCAGCAGCACGCCAGAGAGCUGGAGAACAGGCAGAAGAAGAUGGAGCAGGCUAACAGGAGACUACUGCUCAGGAUCCAGGAGUUGGAGAUCCAGGCCCGUGCUCACGGCCUCCCCAGCAUGGUCACUGCCCUGGGUACUGUAGAGCUCUCCUCCCACCUCCUCAAACAACAACAACAACACCAGCAGCAGCACCAGCCCUUGGCUCCCCAGUCACAGCAGGGUCCCCAGCCACCCCUGUACCAGGAAGAGCUGAACGGGGAGUACCUCCAGAGGACCUCCAUGCCAGCCAUGACCUCUGGGGGGGUCCCCGGGGUUACAGACCAGGGUCAGGGGGUGGUUGACGGCUCCACCACCUUCUCCGACCCGCUGUCUCACUUCACAGACUUCUUCAGCGCCACGCUCAAAGAGGAGCAACGGCUGGAUGAGAUCCUCAUGGACAACACGCUCUCGCCGUUCGGCACCGACCCGCUUCUCUCCGCCGGCUCGCCUGACGCCUCCAAGGACUCCAGUCACAGGAGCAGCUUCAGCUCGGACGAUGGCGACGACGAUCUAUGAUCCCUGACCCCUCCGCGACCCCACUGUGACCCCAUGUCAAAGGACAUACAGCAGUUGGUCACCCUCAAAAAGCGGUGCAGGGAUUUGUUCCAGCCCAGCACCAACAACACAUCUGAUUCCACUGACCAGCUCGAUUCAUUGAGAGCUUGAUUAGUGGGCUCAGGUGUGUUAGUGCUGGGCCGGAGCAGAAGCCUGCACACCCUGUGGCUCUCCAGGACCAGGGUUAGUUACCACUGGCACUCCCACUUUUUAAAAACUUUGGUCGAGAGUGCAUACAGCACCUCUGCCUCGUGGACAGAACCAGACUCAUGAGAAAAAGGGAGAUAGACAAUCAGUCCAUACUGGUCCCCUGUAGCUCAGUUGGUAGAGCAUGGUGCUUGCAACGCCAGGGUUGUGGGUUCGUUUCC